GAGUUGUCACACAGCAACCCUGAACUUUACACACUGCGUUCUUCCUGGGCCAGCUGCCAGUCAGGUGCCGCCCUGCCCCUGAGCCCUCCCUUACCUGUCCUGUCCCCGCCCAAGGGACGGGGAGACGGAAAUGCCACUGCCCAGGGCCAUGGAAGGAGGCCUCGACUGAGACCCGCCACUGCCCAGGGCCAUGGAAAGAAUCCUCGACUGGGACCCGGCAGCCUGGGGGCCCCCGGGCAGGGGGCUGGCCCCCCAGGAGGCCGGAGCAGGCCGGACACUGGCCUCCGUACUGAAUAAGCUGCCCAGUGCCGCCACCCUUCGGUACCGGGGACCUGAGACGCUGCCCUGGGGGUCCUUGGAGGAGGAGGAAGAUGAAGGAAGGAACCCCCAGGCCUUGGCAAAUGCAGCCCAAGGGGAGCUGCAGGACCCUCGCCCUUCCCGGGAGCUGCCCUGGCCCAUGCAGGCCAGGCGGGUGCACAGGAAGAACCAGGACAGGGAGCAGGAGGCGUACAGCUCCAGAUCCAGGGUCGGCCACUGGUCCCUACAGCUGGCCAGGAGCAAGGAGAAGACGAAGGAAGUCUUGCGCAGCCUGCAGCCCUGGGCGUGGACCGUGAAGAAGAUCGGGGGCCAGUUUGGCGGUGGCACCGAGUCCUACUUCUCCCUGCUGUGCUUCCUGCUGCUUCUCAAUGUGCUGGCCUCAGUGCUUGUGGCCUGUAUGGUGCUGCUGCCCACCUGGCUGCCAGGGGCUCCCCCGGGACCCCCUGGCAUCAAUGUGUCCUCGCUCUGCGGUUCCUACAACCCCCACACCUCAGGCCUGAUCGCCUUUCCCUCCCAGCUCUUUAACCUGCUGUCUGGAGAGGGCUACCUAGAAUGGUCCCCACUAUUCUACGGGUUCUACCCGGCCCACGGGUACCUGAGAGUCACCUACCUGUGCUGGGUCUUCGCCAAUGGCCUCAUCUGCCUCCUGCUCAUCCUGCGUCGUUCGGUGUCGGGGCUGAAGCAGACGCUGCUGGCUGAGUCAGGGACUCUGACCAGCUACAGCCACCGGGUAUUCUCGGCCUGGGACUUUGGCCUCUGCGGGGCUGUACAUGUCAGGCUGCGCCAGCGCAUCAUCCUCUACGAGCUGCAGGUGGAACUGGAGGAGGCAGCGGUGCGGCGCAAAGCUGCGGGGCGCACGCUUGGUCAGCAGGCCCGAGUGUGGCUGGUGCGGGCGCUGCUCAAUCUGCUGGUGCUGGCGCUGCUGGGUGUGGCCUUCUACGGCGUCUACAAGGUCACGGAGGAAUCCGGGCAGCUGCAGGAGAAGACCAUAGUCCAGCAGACGCCGCUGCUGCAGCUCGUGGUGAGCUACCUUCCGUCCAUCUUUAUCUCCACGGUCAACUUCGUGCUGCCGCCAGUGUUCAACCUUAUCGGCCAGCUGGAGGGGUACACUCGGAGCCACCAGAUCGUCCUGAUCCUGCUCAGGACGGUGUUCCUGCGCCUCAUCUCCCUGCUGGUCCUGCUUUUCUCACUCUGGUCUCAGAUCACCUGCGGGGGUAACGCCCAAGCCGAGGCGUGCAAAGACUGUGGCUAUAACUACAGAGAGCUCCCGUGCUGGGAGACGAGGGUGGGCCAGGAGAUGUACAAACUCCUGCUCUUCGAUCUGCUCACCAGCCUGGCCAUCGCGCUGUUUGUCCAGUUUCCUCGCAAGAUACUCUGCGGUCUGUGUCCCGGGGCGCUGGGGCGCUGGGCUGGGACGCUGGAAUUCCAGGUGCCCGACGAGGUACUGGGGCUUAUCUACGCUCAGACGGUGGUGUGGGUGGGCAGCUUUUUCUGCCCUUUGCUGCCCCUGCUCAACACGGCCAAGUUCCUGCUGCUUUUCUAUCUGAAGAAGCUUACUCUGUUUGCCACCUGCUCCCCGGCCGCCCGCACUUUCCGGGCCUCUAUGGCGAACUUCUUCUUUCCCCUGGUCCUUCUCGUGGGGCUGUUCCUGUCCGCCAUCCCCGUGCUCUACAGUAUCUUCCUAAUCCAGCCUUCCAAAGUGUGUGGCCCAUUCCGGGGGAAGGAAUCCAUCUGGGCCCAGAUCCCUGAGUCCAUCGAGACCUUGCCUCAGACCGCCCAGAACUUCUUCUUCUUCCUGGGCACUCAGGCUUUUGCAGUGCCACUUCUGUUAAUCUCCAGCAUCCUGAUGGCUUAUACCGUGGCUCUGGCCAAUUCCUACGGGCGCCUUAUCUCUGAGCUCAGACGCCAGAUAGAGAUGGAGUCGCGGAACAAAGUCUUCCUGGCUCAGCGCGCCGUGGCCCUGGGCUCACAGAGCGGGACUCUGUGAGCAGCCGGCUCGGGAAGACGCCCUCAGCCUCACACUGCUGUCGGACCCUUGGAACCCUCGGUUAGGUCUCAUAGAAAAUAACGACGCCGUCUCAGCCUGGGAUGCGGAGACUUACAGGAUCUCCUCUCUCAAGUGCCUGUCUGUUGAACCUCUUUUAUCAAUAAACAUACCAAAUCUGCUGA